GCAUAUUCUGAGAGUUCGUAGUUGAUUUAUCGAGUUUGAUGAGGUAACCCAGAUGUUUUUUUGGGGUGGGAUAGCUUUAAAAGUCGACUGAUUGAUUCGGGCUCGGCCGAUGACGUUGGGCCGAGGGGGAAGACGCCAUAUUGGAAUCGGGCAGACAAAAAAAGCGAAUAAACAUAAGGCGAAUCGGAAAGAAAUCGUCGCCAUCCAGGGUGGAAGUGAAUAUGCGCACAACCUUUUAUGGAAAAGGAUUUAUGUGAAAAGUAUUGUCUAAUAAGCAUCAGUGCAAGUGACUGCUUGACUUUUUAAAGACUCAUACGAGUGCUUGCCUUGAUUGCAACAAAGGACUCGUAUAUAUUGAGCAGACUUUAUUAUCUCUUCAUUUGAAGAGGUUUAAACUAUUACAGUUUCUGUAUGAACCUUGGGCUGUAAACUGAAACUGCAUAUAAACCUAUAAAUACAAUGACCACAGCCAGGACGGAAAAUCCCGUUAUUAUGGGUUUGUCUACUCAGAACGGGCAGUUGAGAGGCCCACUGAAACCCAGUGCAGGCCCAGGAGGGAUGCCGUCGUCACAAGUUUCUCAGACCAAUCAACAGCUACAGCAGCUGAAAAAUGCCAGCACACUUAAUGGCACUCAGCAGCAAGCACAUACAACCAGCAGUACUAUUAAACCAGGUGAUGACUGGAAGAAAAGUUUAAAAUUACCUCCAAAAGACAGGAGGAUGAAAACUUCGGAUGUAACAGCCACGAAAGGAAAUGAAUUUGAAGAUUACUGCUUGAAGCGCGAGUUGCUAAUGGGCAUUUUCGAAAUGGGCUGGGAGAAACCGUCACCAAUCCAGGAGGAGAGUAUUCCUAUUGCGUUGUCUGGCAGAGAUAUAUUGGCCCGAGCCAAAAACGGAACAGGUAAAAGUGGAGCCUACCUCAUUCCAUUACUUGAACGGCUGGACCUGAAAAGAGAUUGUAUUCAAGCUAUGGUAAUCGUGCCUACCCGGGAGUUGGCACUGCAAGUCAGUCAAAUCUGUAUCCAAGUCAGCAAGCAUAUGGGUGGUGUGAAAGUGAUGGCUACCACAGGAGGAACCAAUCUCCGGGAUGACAUCCUGAGGCUCGAUGAGACAGUCCACGUGGUGAUUGCAACCCCUGGAAGAAUCCUUGAUUUGAUUAAAAAAGGCUUGGCUAAAGUGGACAACAUACAGAUGAUUGUAUUAGAUGAGGCAGACAAAUUGCUGUCACAGGACUUUGUGCAGAUGAUGGAGGACAUAAUCUCUACAUUACCAAGAACCAGACAGAUCUUGCUUUACUCUGCCACGUUCCCACUCAGUGUACAGAAGUUUAUGAAUUCACAUUUGCAGAAACCAUAUGAAAUUAACCUGAUGGAAGAGCUGACACUGAAAGGAGUAACCCAGUACUAUGCCUAUGUUACAGAACGGCAGAAAGUGCACUGUCUCAACACCCUCUUCUCUAGGCUUCAGAUUAACCAGUCAAUUAUAUUCUGCAACUCCUCCCAACGAGUGGAGCUGCUGGCUAAGAAAAUUUCCCAGUUGGGUUACUCCUGUUUUUACAUUCAUGCUAAAAUGAGGCAGGAGCAUCGUAACCGUGUGUUCCAUGAUUUUAGAAAUGGAAUGUGCCGCAAUUUGGUUUGCACUGAUCUGUUCACUCGUGGUAUUGAUAUCCAAGCUGUGAAUGUUGUAAUAAACUUUGAUUUCCCAAAGAUUGCAGAGACCUAUCUACAUCGAAUUGGCAGAUCAGGACGGUUUGGCCACCUGGGGCUGGCAAUCAACCUCAUCACGUACGAUGAUCGCUUUAAUCUAAAGGCUAUUGAGGAGCAACUCGGAACAGAGAUCAAGCCCAUCCCUGGGAGUAUUGACAAGAGUUUGUACGUUGCAGAGUACCACAGUGAGCCAGAUGGGGAGGACAAACAGUAACAGUGCAAACAAACCGGCACUGAUCACGGAAUACAGAAACGAAGAAUUUUUUUUGGCCUGGUCUGGAACACAUCAUUUCUUGGGAUACCCUUCUCUUUUAUUUGUCUCAGACAACAUCAUUAUUUUCCUUCAUUUGAUGACACAAAGUGUAGUUCCCUGAUUUUUUUUUUUGUGAAGGACCAUUUCUUCCUGAGCUCAAUGGUUUGCACUGUGUGCAGGGAGUGGACAACUAUUGCACUAACUGGCACGGGGGUUCUAGACUAAGCGGCACUGAAGAGCUGAACUGAACAGCGAACAGCACACUUUGUUGACUCCUCCUUUUCUUCUUUACCCCCUCCAUUUUAUCUUUAUUUUUGCUGAAGCCACUGACCAGGAUAUUCAUCUGAUGGCUUCUCAACUUCUCCCAGCACACACACAUCAGUCUUAGGCUACCAAGUUUUUAUGGUAUUUGUAUAAAGUGCCUUACGGUGAUGCAGGACCAUAUGAAUACCAUCCCUAGAUUAUAGCCAUCUGUCACUUAUUUUUGUCAGGGUUGGGA